AUGGCUGCUGCACCCGAGGAGCAUCCCGAGGAAUUCCUCGUCGCUGAUGACGAAAUCUCUGACAGCGAGGUGGAUCUCGAAAGUCUUCGCUCAGAAACCACAAGUGUGAAAAGCUCAAUCCUCGAGUAUCGGAUAGAGAAUGGCAGGUCGUAUCAUAAGUACAAGGACGGCAAAUAUGCCUUUCCCAACGACGACCAAGAGAAUGAGAGACUCGACAUGCAGAGCGAGAUCUGUAAUCUCACCUUCCAUGGCAAGAUGGGAUUUGCGCCGCCCGCGGAGGAGGGGGCCAAUGUUGGGCGCAUUCUGGAUCUUGGCACAGGAACUGGUCUAUGGGCCAUAGACUAUGGUGAUCAACACCCCGAAACAGAGUUGCCUGAUCAAGUCGGGGAGCAGGUGUUAGGCGUUGAUCUCUCGCCAAUUCAGCCAAGAGACGUCCCGCCGAACGUCCACUUUGAGGUCGACGAUGUUGAAGAGGACUGGCUCUACUCGAGGCCUUUUGAUUACAUUCACAUCCGCUUCUUGAAUGGUUCGAUUGCCGAUUGGAAAAAGCUGGUCACUAAGGCCUACGACAAUCUUGUUCCUGGUGGCUACUUCGAGAUUCAGGAAAACGAUUUCGUUUUCACUUCUGAUGAUGAAACUCUGGCACCCAAGGCACCUCUCGCUGAGUUCGGCAGAUUGGUUCGGGAAGCCGCCGCAAAGUUCGGGCGUGCCUUCGUUCCCUGCCCCGAAUUGAAAGAUAUCUUGACCGAGGUCGGCUUUGAAGACGUCGUUCUCGACAAGUUCAUAUGGCCCUCUAACCCCUGGCCCAAAGACCCUUAUCAUAAGACGAUUGGGCAGUGGAAUUAUCACAAUUUUGUGGACGCUGCAGAGGCUCUGGCUCUGGCCCCUCUGACGCGCGCACACGACUGGACUAAAGAAGAAGUUCAGAUAUUCCUCAUUGACGUCCGGAAGGAUAUGAGAAACCCUAAAGUACACUCCUACACUAUUGUUGGCAGAAAGCCUUUGAAGAAGGAUGCCCCUGCUGCACCUCAAGCUUAG